AUCACUUUUGAUUACGAAUUACGAGUUCAUUGUGCAUUUUGCAACUGCGUGCAAGUGAAAAUUCCUCCCAUUUUGAGUGUUUAAAGCUGUAAAAUCAGGCAGAAUGGUUAAAAAACUAGUAAGAGUUUGCCAAUUCAUGUUUUUACUUUAAAUUUGAGGAUAUCCGGUAUAAUAAUAAUAUCUAGCAAACAUAUUCGUCGUCAAUAAAACACCCUAGUCUGUGUAGCUUUUGUGUUUGAGCUGGAUCUAAAGGAAGCAGAAGGGGGUUUUUGUUUCGCCUUCUUCGUGGAAAGUGUCAUCAGCAAAUAAAACUAACUUAGCACCAAUCAAAAUAACAAAGAUUUUUUUUUGGUUCCGGCCAAGUCCUGAAAUUCGAGGACAAUGGAAACCGAACGUGUCGAGGAAAUUUUUAUGCAGCAUGGUGUUAUGCUGAAAAAAGCAAGCGCUACUUAUCUUUCGGCACUUAACACCGAGGGAGUACUGACUUUCGGUCGAUUUUCAAAAGGUGAUCUACACUUUUUCGAAUGGAAACAGGCGGAAACAUGCGAAGUUUUAGAUACUGAAUGUCAAGACAGUGGUUGGUCCCUAGUCGAUACGAUCGAAUCUACCUCGUCGAUUCCAAUCCCAGCAGCAAACGAUGACAGCAAUAACCCAACCGACACAAACUGGAUUCCAGAACAUCAUUCACAAAAACCAAAAAUUUCCAUUCAAGUUCUCUUCCGGGAUGUGAAGGGAAUCGAAUAUAGCCGAAAUGAGCUUAGAUUUUUUAAUCAAGACUUAAGCAUUCAUAGUCUGUAUCUGUUCCAUCAUGGAUCGCCUUUUUCUUUUGUGGAUUUUCUCGAGCGGAAGCAAUUUAUCAGAAAAAGUGCCCGACGAAAGCAAUUCUUCCACUGCCUUCCAGAGGCAGACAACGAUAAACUACAAAGAUCUUUCUCAGAGCUCAACAUCGAGGCCAUCCGGAAUCGUCCACGCCCAAACCCGUACUAUGAUUUCAUGUCGAAGCUGGCCAAUGUUCAUAAUCAAAUAUUGCCUUUGGGUAGACAACCAGAGUCUGAGUUGAGAAUCCGAUUGAGCCCCCAGAACGAAACGGAAGCUGUUGGUGAACGCAAUGGCGGUGAAACGAUCAAUGGUAUAGAGGAAAAUACAGUCAGCAGAAAAUUAGUUCCAAGACCUCCGGCUCAACGAGGGUCGCCAUUAGAUGCGGCGAAGUGGUUGGAAUACCGGGCGCCCAAUGGGUCCAUUAUGGACCCUGAUCGGGUUAAAGAUAUCAUCUUUCGAGGGGGUAUCAACGAGGACAUCCGCGCAGAAGUGUGGAAAUAUUUGCUAGGGUUGGAUAUUUGGGAGCAUUCCACAGCGCAGCGAGACGAACGAAGGGGAGCUAAAACUCAGGAAUACUUUCAAAUGAAGCUGCAAUGGUUGACCAUAACUUCGGUUCAAGAACAUAAUUUCACCGGAUAUCGGGAACGAAAGUGUCAGAUCGAAAAGGACGUCAAACGAACCGAUCGGACGUACGACUUUUUCGCCGGGGACGACAAUCCCAAUCUUGCCAAACUGUCGGACAUUUUGAUGACGUACGUGAUGUAUAACUUUGACCUCGGUUACGUGCAGGGAAUGAGCGAUUUGUUGGCACCUAUUUUGAGUCUGGUGCAAAAUGAGGCAGAGAGUUUCUGGUGCUUUGUGGGCUUCAUGCAGAAAGUGUUCAGCAACUUUGAUAUUGAUCAAAAAGGAAUGAAGCAGCAAUUGGAGCAUUUGCGAACUCUGUUGGCCUUCGUAAACGAGGACCUGUACAACUAUUUGAAGGAGAACCAAUCGGAAAACAUGUAUUUUUGUUUUCGUUGGUUGUUGGUAUGGUUCAAGCGAGAAUUUUCCAAUAAGGACAUAAUGCAGUUGUGGGAAGUGCUUUGGUCCGGUUUGCCUUGCCCUAAUUUCCACCUCUUCGUAUGUGUAGCCAUACUUGAUCAGGAAAUGGACGUAUUCAUCAACGGUCAGUUCACUUUCACUGAAAUCCUUAAGCACGUGAAUGAGCUGUCGGGCAAUUUGAACUUGCUAGCCGUUCUCGAGCAGGCCGAAAGCAUUUACCUACAGGUGAAAAAGACGCUGGACACAUCCAAAGAACCCCAUGUGGAGCUGAAGAAGCUAAUCGGCGAGGAAGUCAGCCCGGACGGGGCCGGAAGUGCGGCGAGUGACGAGGAUGACGACAGUUGUAUGUCAAUUGUAAACGAGAAGUCUCCCGAGGAUCAGGAAAUGUUGCAACGAAAAGUGGACGAGGCUUGCGACCUAUCAAUGAGCUAUGCGUUCUUCUAAUCUAAUGCACCAAGAAGAGUGACGAGGCGGAAGUUGCGCUGCUAAGCUACUUUUAUAAGUUUGUUCACUGUUGGUCCCAGUUGAGUGGUUAGGAAGAGGUUGAAUCGAAAUUUUCCCCUGAAAUUGGUUACGAUCAAUAUUCAUGUAAAAAUUUAAAUCUUUGUAGAAUAUGUACAGCGGUGUUUAUUAAAGUUAUUUUCAACAAUUUCUA